AUGGUAAAUACGGAGCAAUUGAAUCAAAAUUUGGGAAAUAAUAUUUGUUUCAUUCCAAUAUUGUCAGGAAUUAUGUAUGAAGAGUUGGCAUUUAAGGCACCCGAGUAUGGUAAUCAAGAAUUUUUUUUACCACCAUUAAGCCCGUCAAAUUUACAUGACAUUUUGAAAGAUGUUUUUAGAGGUAAAAUGUUCUUGUGCAAAACUUCAAUGCUUGAUAUGCUUGAAAUAGAGACAACAGAGAUUGUGCGGUCUAUGGGAAUUAUGUUAUUAGAGGCGUUGGUAAUACCAGAAGUUCUCACGCUUACUCUAAACAAAAUAAUUAGUUUUAUGAAAUCUAUCACUUUUGAUACAUGGAAACAGUCAUCUUCCACGUUGUUUCCCAAUUUGAAAGAACAGGUUGAUGAAGAGGUUUCACAAUACCUUCGACAGGAGACAAAAUUUACCAACCAUACCUUCCAAAAAUCGUUAGUGGCACGAUUGCUUUGUGGCUUGUCGCUACCGUUGACUAAUGAAGAACAAGAUCUUUUUAAAUUAGGAAAGAUUUAUCUCACUGAAAAUGGACGAUUGUACAUUGCUCCACAUUAUUUCCAACUUGUGAUCAGAGCAGAUUCAUACAUUGCUGUUAAAUUACCAAAAACCAAACUUGAGAUUGAUCCACGAUAUUUUGAGAGAAUUGAUCUGAAAUGUCUUUGUUAUAGAAUUUUUAUGUUGCAACAACGUGGUAACUUCUUAAUCACCAUUGAACAGUUAUUUCCCUCAUGCGUGACAGGAGUGGAUAAAGAUUAUUUGUUUACGUUACCAGCAACAACAGAAAUGUUCAAAGUUGUAGAUCUCACAGAGACAUUUAUUACUAAAGGCUCAGACGUGGCGCAGUAUGAUAUUGACUGCUCGAAAUGCAGAAAACAAUUCUCGGAAGUGUAUUCAUACACAUUAAGCACCCAUCCUUGUGUCAAUGCUCACUUUUGGUUACAAACUUCACUUCACAAUCGCACUUCUCUGUUCCUUAUACAGCACAGGAAUUAUGAUAGUUGUUUGAAUGUUGUAGAUUGGUUAAACACGAACAAUUUUGCCGAUAAUGCGUUUGAAAAGUUCGGCAAACAAGAGAUUGAUGUAUACUUUGUAAUGAUUUCAACUUCAACAAUUUCUCAAGAGCAAUUGGAAAAGUUAAAGAAUCACAAGCACUUUCAAAGGACUAUAUUAAUCAGUCAUCACUCGUCGAGAGAGGAAUAUUUCCCCACACACUUGUUACCUUAUUACAAAGCAUUCGUGUUUUACAAAGAUCAGCACGACAAUCAAGAAUUAGAGCACCAACAGGACCCAAGAGCAGUCCUUUAA